AUGGUGGAGCUUCCGAAGACACUGUCUCCGCAGCGUCUUUUGAAGCUCCUCAAAGCAGAGAAGAACCACCACUCAGCACUCCAACUCUUCGACGAUGCUACGCGCCGCCACGGCUACAUCCACUCCUCCACCGUCUUCCACCACAUACUCCGGCGUAUUGCCGCCGACCCAAGCCUCCUCCGGGCCAACGUUGGCCGUGUCGUGGAAACCAUCCAGACCCAGAAGUGCAAAUGCCCCGAAGACGUUGCACUCACCGUGAUGAAGGCUUACGCCAAAAACUCCAUGCCCGAUCAAGCCUUGGACUUGUUUCAAAGAAUGGAACAGGUUUUUGGGUGUUGCCCUGGAAUAAGGUCCUUCAAUUCUCUUCUCAAUGCUUUCGUGGAAUCGAAGCAAUGGGACCGUGCGGAGAAGUUUUUCGCGUACUUUGAGACAGUGGAUGUGUCGCCAAACGUGGAAACUUACAAUGUUCUGAUGAAGGUUUUGUGUAAGAAGAAGGAGUUUGAGAAGGCCAAAGGGUUGGUGAAGUGGAUGUGGGAUGUGGGUAUGAGGCCUGAUAAGUUUACUUAUGGAACUUUGAUCAGUGCAGUGGCGAAGUGUGGUGAUUUGUGUUCUGCGUUGGAGGUGUUCGAUGAAAUGUCUGAACGAGGGGUGGAGCCUGAUGUGAUGUGUUAUAACAUGAUCAUUGAUGGGUUCUUCAAAAAGGGGGAUUUUGAUAAGGCUAAUGAGAUGUGGGAGAGGUUGUUGCGCGAGGAAUCGGUUUUUCCAAAUGUUGUGAGUUACAAUGUUAUGAUCAGUGGGCUGUGCAAGUGUGGGAAGUUCGAUCAGAGUUUGGAGAUAUGGGACAGGAUGAAGAGGAAUGAGAGGACGCAUGAUCUGUUUACGUAUAGUUCUCUGAUUCAUGGGUUGAGUGAGGCAGGGAACUUGGAUGGAGCCAAAAGAGUUUAUAAGGAGAUGGUUGGGAGAGGGGUUAGACCGGAUGUUGUUACUUGUAAUGCUAUGCUUAAUGGACUGUGUAAAGCAGGGAAGGUUGAUGAGAGUUUUAAGUUGUGGGAGGAAAUGGAGAAGUAUGGCUCUCGUAAUAUGGUGAGUUAUAACAUAUUUCUCAAGGGGUUGCUUGAAAACAGGAAGGGGGAAGAAGCAUUAUCGCUAUGGGAAAUCUUGAAUGAGACAGCUUUUAGUGCAGAUUCCACUACUUAUGGAAUAUUAAUUCAUGGUUUGUGUAAGAAUGGGUACCUGAAUAUGGCUUUACGGGCAUUAGAAGAGGCUGAACAUAGGGGAGGUGAUGUUGAUGCCUUUGCAUACUCCUCAAUGAUAAAUGCUUUAUGCAAAGAAGGAAGAUUGGAGGAAGCAGCUGGACUUGUCAAUCUUAUGGAUAAGCGUGGCUGUAAAUUGAAUCCUCAUGUCUGCAAUGCACUGAUUGAUGGGUUUAUCAAACAUUCUAAAGUUGACAGUGCUAUUCAAUUCUUUAGGGAAAUGAGCAUUAAAGGUUGCUUACCUACUAUUGUGUCCUAUAAUAUUCUUAUAAAUGGAUUAUGUAAAGCAGAAAGAUUUCGUGAGGCACAUCAUUACGUUAAGGAAAUGUUGGAGAACGGGUGGAAACCAGAUAUUAUCACAUACAGCACGUUGAUAGAUGGUCUUUGCCAGAGCAAAAUGAUUGACACAGCCCUUAGGUUGUGGCAUCAGUUUCUGGACAUGGGGUUUAAGCCUGAUACCACUAUGUACAACAUUGUAAUCCAUAGAUUAUGUUCUUCUGGCAAAGUGGAGUAUGCUUUGCAGCUCUAUUCAAUGAUGAGAAAGAGGAACUGUGUUAAUCUUGUGACCCACAAUACCAUUAUGGAGGGUUUUUACAAAGUUGGUGACUGUGAAAAGGCAUCCCAGAUUUGGGCUAAUAUCUCAGAAGAUGGGCUACAACCUGACAUCAUCUCGUAUAAUAUUACUCUUAUGGGGCUCUGCUCGUGUGGUAGAGUGACGGAUGCAAUUGUGUUUCUAGAUGAUGCUUUGGUGCAUGAUGUUCUGCCAACUGCCAUUACUUGGAAUAUACUAGUUAGAGCAGUGAUUUUUUAUGGGGCUUCAACUUGAUUCUUCUGGGCGCUACAAAAGAUUAAAGUUUUAACCCAAGCAGGGCUAAUGGUGUUGAGUACUUGGGUGCAAUACAGCUUGCCUUGAGGAAGUGCCUAAAGUUUGGAGUUGUCUGAACAGAAAGGGUGAUUUGUUUUGGUUUGAGAGAUAUUUAUCUGCCUCAGGCUUUACUUGGUUUGGUUGUUUUCUUUAAGAUGAACUGAGAAAUUAAACCUACAAGAAUAGCUCCAAAAACUGCUAUUUUUCUCCAAUCAGUUGAUGACGAGGCAAUAGAAUCAAUUAUUAUAAAGGUCAGC